AUGGAAUCUGGCGAUAUUUACGCGACAAAGUUCGCUCACGUCGGUGCACUGAAGCUUGACAGAAGACUGAAAGGACCUGUGAGGCACUCUAUGGAAGGUGAGAACACACACAGUUUACACUGCGUCCAGUUCGAUCCCGCUCUGAACGAGAUUGUCGACAUUGGAACCAACGUAGAAGUGGCUUCGGCAGGUCCAACGGAAACAGAAACUGGUCUACGCACUGACGAUAAAGGCAACGCAGUGUCGCCAGGAAACAGGACACCAGCCGCAGCUGCACAGCAAUCAUUGCGAGGCAUAUAA